ACGCCAUCAACUCCAUCCGCAAGCCAGACCGCAGCCGUAACAUACGCAAGGUGUGAGCAACUCCUCUCGUCUUAUAUUACGGUGUGAAACUCUACUCGGAACCCACUUCUCAUCCCCACCAGCUUCGCGAGACCGCUGUCAUCUCAAACCAACGACCCUGACGUACCUUACUGGAAAACUCCCCGAACCAUGCCUUUGGAGCCAUAUCAGUAUUUGAGCGAUGUCUGGAAGGAUGGCAUCUUUGAUAACAAGGUUGUAUUCUGUACUGGCGGUGCAGGAUCAAUCUGCUCUGCCCAAGUCCGCGCCUUAGUCCACCUCGGUGCCAACGCCUGCAUAAUCGGGCGCAAUGUGGAAAAGACAGAGAACAUGGCCAAAGACAUCGCGACGGCCAGGAAAGGCGCAAAAGUCAUCGGCAUCGGCGCAGUGGACGUAAGGAAUCCCGAGGCGCUCGCGGCGGCGGCGGACCGCUGUGCCAAAGAACUCGGUGCCAUCGACUUUGUCAUUGCCGGAGCGGCGGGAAACUUCCUGGCCCCAAUGGACCAGAUCUCGCCAAACGCGCUCAAGUCGGUCAUUGAUAUUGAUGUUUUGGGUUCCUACAACACUGUCAAGGCGACGCUGCCCUACUUGGAGAAGUCGGCCGCGAAGCACAGGACCGACGGCAAGACGAAGCCCGCUAAAGGUACAGGAGGCCGUAUCAUCUUCGUCAGUGCUACUCUCCACUACUCGGGCACGCCACUCCAGAGCCAUGUCUCGAUUGCCAAGGCUGGUGUUGAUGCCAUGGCGAAUGCUGUUGCAAUCGAGCAAGGACCUAAGGGCAUCACGUCCAACAUCAUUGCGCCAGGGCCCAUCGCAGAUACAGAAGGCGUGGCGCGUCUUUCCCGAGAAGAUGGACGUGAACAGAACGCGAGGUCUAUCCCGUCGGGCAGAUAUGGAACCGUCAAGGAGAUCUCAGACGCGACCAUUUAUCUGUUUUCAGACACUGGAAAUUACGUGAAUGGAGAGACGCUGGUCGUGGAUGGCGGACAAUGGCGGACGUCAGGCGUGCAGUCCUCCGGUCCGUUCAAGUAUCCUGAUUUCUUGCUUUCUGGCGCCGUUGUCACUGGCGUUGCAGGCGGCAAGAAGUCGAAGUUGUAAAAUAGAAAUACCAAACAGGGCAAUCGAGUCCUCAGUAUCUGAAAUAAUUAGAUGAAUGCUUCUCCUUCUUGUCAGAUGAAGAUCUAGUUUGCGCUAUUCGCUGACCACCCGUUCCUUCUCUUUUGCAGCCUCGGAAGUUUUGAACAGGAUCCAUCGGAGGGACUUGACAGGCUCG